AUGGAGAAGUACGAGCUGGUUAAAGACAUAGGUUCUGGGAAUUUCGGAGUGGCGAGACUCAUGAGGGUCAAAAACUCCAAGGAACUCGUUGCUAUGAAGUACAUCGAGCGUGGCCCAAAGAUUGAUGAGAACGUGGCGAGAGAGAUUAUUAACCACAGAUCACUGCGCCAUCCGAAUAUAAUCCGGUUUAAGGAAGUGGUUUUGACACCAACACAUAUCGCCAUUGCCAUGGAAUACGCUGCUGGUGGUGAGCUAUUCGAGCGUAUAUGUAGCGCUGGAAGAUUUAGUGAGGAUGAGGCGAGGUACUUUUUCCAGCAGCUCAUAUCAGGAGUUAGCUAUUGCCAUGCUAUGCAAAUAUGCCACAGAGAUCUGAAGCUCGAAAACACCCUCUUGGAUGGAAGUCCUGCUCCACGUCUGAAAAUCUGCGAUUUUGGUUAUUCCAAGUCCUCUCUGCUUCACUCUAGGCCCAAAUCAACUGUUGGGACACCAGCAUAUAUUGCACCUGAGGUUCUUUCUCGCAGAGAAUAUGAUGGCAAGAUGGCUGAUGUGUGGUCUUGUGGUGUGACUCUCUAUGUGAUGCUGGUUGGGGCAUACCCAUUUGAAGACCAAGAAGAUCCCAAAAACUUCAGAAAAACAAUACAAAGAAUAAUGGGUGUCCAGUACAAGAUCCCAGACUAUGUCCAUAUCUCACAGGACUGCAAACAUCUCCUCUCCCGUAUAUUUGUCGCCAACUCAAUCAAGAGGAUUACGAUAGCUGAAAUCAAGAAACAUCCAUGGUUCUUAAAGAACCUGCCGAGAGAACUUACAGAGACGGCUCAAGCUGCGUACUUCAGGAAGGAGAACCCUACGUUCUCUCUGCAGAGCGUGGAAGAGAUCAUGAAGAUUGUGGAGGAGGCGAAAACGCCACCGCCUGUUUCUCGUUCUGUUGGAGCGUUUGGGUGGGGAGGAGAAGAAGAUGCAGAGGAAGAGGUUGAGGAAGUAGAAGAAGAAGAAGAAGAAGUAGAGGAAGACGAAGAAGAUGUGUAUGAUAAGACGGUGAAGCAAGUGCAUGCUAGUGGUGAAGUCCGAGCUUGGAGUGCUCUUACAAAUCUCUCAACAGAUAAUAACUACCUGAGACCUGGCAUUACUCCUGCAGUUGAUUAUAGCGGCACUAAUUGUUCAUCUUCUACGAGAGGAAGAUCCACUGUUAAAGUUACACCAAACGCCGAUGGACCUUUGUACGCAUCCAAUCAUCAAGAGCAUAGUCAAAAGAGUGUUACAGGAACUACACGAUCUUUUGACCGUUUCUCCUCCUCUUCCCCAGCUGCUGGGAAGGUUCCGGGGGUAAAUGAUGAGGUUGGAGGUUGUAAAUAUACAAAUGGUACGGAAAUAGUACCAAUGAGAAACUCUGCAGUCCCAGCUAGGCAGGUGGAACCUAGGGAAGCUAGUCUUGGUGUGAUUGAUGAUGAUGACAUGCUCAAGUAUACUGACGUAGACGAAAUUGUGAUGGAAAUGGAACACUACCAGUCAACGUGUACCUCCCAACCAUCAGUAUCUGAGUUUCCACAAAGAGCUCCAUCUGGUAAUAUAUUUGCUUCCAGAGGAGAAGAAGAGCCAUGUUUGCCUCCUGAAUUAUGUUCCAACUGUAGUCAUGGAAUUAAGCUAGGGCUCUGUCUUGAAGCUUCCAGCCAUGUGGAACAAAUGAAGGACGCACUGCUUGCAAUUUCAAAUGAACUACUUGACGAUUCUGCUGACCUGAGCCCUGAUUAUUUUCAACAAAUUUGUCAAGAGAGGUUACUGUUGAUAAAGCAAAUCCAGCAGCUCGAGACCAUUAUCCAAACUAAAGCAAGGAAAAAGUCAUCUACACCUACUCAUAAUUUUCAGUACGAAACACCUCAAACAACAAAUCGUACGAUGGAUAAUGCGCAAACAGAUUCUAGAACCGGCAGCUACGUAACUGAUAACUUGGAUAUGCCAAGAGACUAUUUAUCUUCUGAAGAUCGGUCUGGUCUUUCAUAUGAUCCUGUAGUGAGGGAACGAUAUGUUCCCAAGAUAAUAGAUGUCACUUAUACCGAUGGUUCAAAUGACAAAAAGUGGAGCAGUCGUGACUUUCCUUGGACGAAAAAUCUGGAGGUAAAUAACAAAAGAGUGUUUGGAAACCACUCAUUUCGACCCAACCAAAGAGAAAUCAUCAAUGCUACAAUGAGCGGUUGUGAUGUUUUUGUUUUGAUGCCAACUGGAGGAGGGAAAAGUUUGACAUAUCAGCUCCCCGCUCUGAUCUCUGCAGGAAUAACACUAGUCAUUUCUCCACUUAUUUCACUCAUUCAAGACCAGAUAAUGAACUUAUUGCAGACCAAUAUACAUGCUGCUUCCUUAAGUGCCGGAAUGGAUUGGGGUGAACAACUAGAGAUACUUCGGGAGAUGAGCUCUGAGAAUUCUAAAUACAGAUUACUCUAUGUGACACCGGAAAAAGUGGCAAAAAGUGAUUCCCUUUUAAGGCACCUUGAAAGUUUAAACUCCCAUAGUUUGCUUGCUCGAUUUGUAAUUGAUGAAGCUCAUUGUGUGAGUCAGUGGGGGCAUGACUUUCGACCAGACUACCAGGGUCUUGGUGUUCUGAAGAAGAAGUUUCCUAACAUUCCCAUGUUAGCUUUAACAGCUACUGCAACAGCAAGCGUGAAAGAAGAUGUUGUGCAAGCUCUUGGCUUUGUUAACUGUGCUGUUUUCCGGCAAAGUUUUAAUCGUCCAAAUCUAUGGUACUCUGUUGUUCCCAAGACAAAGAACUGCUUGGAAGAUAUUAACAAGUUUAUCAAGGAGAACCAUUUUGAUGAGUCUGGCAUCGUUUAUUGUCUUUCUAGAAUGGACUGCGAAAAAGUCGCUGAAACUUUGCAGGGUUUUGGCCAUAAAGCAGCCUUCUACCAUGGCAGUAUGGAUCCUGGUCAACGUGCCUAUGUACAGAAACAAUGGAGCAAGGAUGAAAUCAAUAUAAUAUGUGCUACAGUGGCAUUUGGAAUGGGAAUCAAUAAGCCUGAUGUUCGCUUUGUAAUUCAUCACUCUCUUCCAAAGUCCAUAGAAGGCUAUCAUCAGGAAUGUGGUCGUGCUGGUAGGGACGGGCAGAGGUCAUCAUGUGUGUUGUAUUACAGUUAUAGUGAUUAUAUACGAGUGAAGAGUAUGAUUAGUCAAGGAGGACUUAGCCAAGGCCCCAUGAAAACGGGAUAUAACCGUGUAGCAAGUUCUGGGAAGAUACUCGAAACCAACACAGAAAAUCUUCUCCGCAUGGUUAGUUACUGUGAAAAUGAAGUGGAAUGUCGACGUUUCUUACAGCUAGUUCAUUUGGGAGAAAAAUUCGAUUCGAUAAACUGCAAGAAAACAUGUGAUAAUUGCUCCAGCAGCAAAACUUUGAUUGACAAAGAUGUGACUUUGAUCGCAAGGCAACUGGUUCAACUGGUGGAGCUAACAGUAGAAAGGUUUUCUUCAGCUCAUAUUAUAGAAGUCUACAGAGGAUCUUUAAACCAGGCGGUCAAGAAAAACAGACAUGACUCUUUGCACCUCCAUGGAGCUGGAAAGCAUUUAUCUAAAAGCGAAGCCUCUCGUAUCUUGCACUAUCUCGUGACACAGGAAAUUCUGGAAGAGGUUGUUAAAAAAAGUGAUGUGUAUGGAUCUGUUUCGUCGUUGUUGAAGGUGAAUAGAUCAAAAGCUGCUUCACUCCUCUCUGGAGGCCAGACUAUAACGAUGAGAUUUCCUUCGGCUGUAAAAGUGUUAAAGCCGAGCAAAUCAGUAGCAACCUCAGGAAAAGCUCCACUAAAGCAAACUACUCUUCAAAUGGCAAAUGCUCCCCCACAAAAUUUGAUUUUCUCCGAUAUCAUGCUUAAAGCCUUGAGAAAGCUUCGUACCGAUAUUAUCAAGGAAAGCUCAGAUUUAACCAUGUCAUACCAUAUAUUCGGCAAUGCGACGCUUAAGCAGAUAAGUAAAAGACUUCCGAGAACUAAAAAGGAACUACUCGAUAUCAGUGGUCUUGGAAAAGCCAAGGUGGUCAAGUACGGUGAUCGGUUAUUGGAAACCAUAGAGUCAACCAUCAAUGAACACUGUAAAACUGGUAAGAACGAGAGUUUCAGUUUAGGGAAGAGGAGAAGAGACGAGAACAGUUGUCCAAAUCUAGCAGAUGAUUACGAUGAUGAUGAUGAUGAUCCGGAUUGGAGUUUGAGUCAGUCCCAUAAAAAGGCAUUGAAGAACAAGUAG